AUGAAGUUAGGAAACAAUUGCAGUAUUUCAGGCACAACUGUGAUAUCACCUGGAGUAACCCCUGGAGUAGGAGGUGGCAGCACCCCUGGAGAACUAGACACAGGAGCCACAAGUCCUGGAAAGUCAGGGUCCCCAGAAGUAUCUGUUGUCUCAUCCACCAUUGGCCCUGUGAGCCAGAGCACCAAUGUAGCCUCGGCCACACCAGCAACAACUUCUGGAAGCAAAUCAGGCACAUCUGUCACAUCAGCCACCGUGACAAGUGGCAGUGAAGGCACACCUGGAUUACCUGGCAGUGGGACCACAACUUCUGGAAGUGCAUCAGGCACUACUGGAGGAUCAGAAGUAGCAACCACUGGAGGAUCAGAAGUAGCAACCACUGGAAUUGCAGGUAGAAGUACAUUUGGAGCAUCAGGCACACCUGGAACAUCAGGUGGUGCAACUAGUGGAGGUGAAAGUACACCUGGGUUACCCAGCAGUGGUAUUACAAGUUCUUCAACUAAGACAGGCACAGCUAAAGAACCGUAUGGAGGAACUACUAAAGCAGGUGAAAGCACAACCAUAGCAUCAGGUUCUAGAUUAACUACAUUUGGAAAAUUAGCAACCUGUAAGGUACACCUGGAGUGCCUGCUGGAACUUCCACAGAAGCUAGCGAAGAAAGCCCAGCUGUCACAUCAGGUCCCACGGGAGUUGCCUCUGGCUCAACAGUUGCACCAGGAAGUUCUAAUACUCUGCCAUCAAAACAUCCUGGAAUACCAGACGCUUACUAAAUAUAAGUUGAAUGACAGCUAUAUCCUUCUGUUGAGCAUCACUCUAUUUACUUCAAUAGGCACCACCACGGUUUCAUCUGGAGUCAGCAGCAGUUCACCGGCUCGCGUUUCCGGCACCACUGGGACAGGUUCAGGUACUAGUGUCUCAUCUGAAGGUUUCAAAACAGGUACCAGUGGCACAACAGUUAUUCCUAGAAGUUCCACCACAGGUACCACCAAGAAAGCAACCACUGCUAAAACAACCACUGCUAAAACAACCACUGCUAAAACAACCACUGCUAAAACAACCACUGCUAAAACAACCACUGCUCCUGGAAUUUCUACCACAGGUUGUCCAACAACGCUUCCACCAACUCCAGUUUGUCAUGGUCCACUUGGAGAAAAGAAAUCUCCUGGAGACAUAUGGACUGCCAAUUGCCAUGAAUGUACCUGUACUGCUGCAAAGACUGUACACUGUAAGCUGAAGGAGUGCCCUUCUCUACCCACAUGCAGAACUGGAGAGAGUCUCAGAAAGUUCAAAUCUAAUGAUGCCUGCUGUGAAGUUGGAUACUGUGAACCAAGGACAUGUUUAUUUAACAAUACUGACUAUGAGAUUGGUGCUUCAUUUAAUGACCCCAAAAACCCAUGCAUUUCGUUCUCCUGCAAUGAUACUGGUUUCAUUGCAGUGGUGCGAAAGUGCCCAAAGCAGACAUGGUGUGUAAAAAAAGACAGAAUUUAUGAUUCAAAAAAAUGUUGCUAUUCAUGUAGGAAUAAUUGCAGAACUUCACCUGUCAAUGUGACUGUUAAGUACAAUGGUUGCAACAAAAGGAUUGAGAUGACAAGAUGUAUAGGGGAUUGCAAGAAUACUCUCAAGUACAAUUAUAACGUCUUUCAGUUGGAAAGUUCAUGCCUUUGCUGCCGAGAAGACAACUAUGAAUACAGAGAAAUUGCUCUUGACUGUCCAGAUGGCACUACAAAAGCUUACAAAUACAGGCACACCACAACGUGCUCUUGCUUAGGCAAGUGCUAACCAUCUGUGACUACAGUGAGCCCUUAAUGCUAACAUUACCUCUCCAGUUAUGACAGGCCAAAUAUUUAUUUUAUAAGUGAACAAAAAUAAUCAUAAAUGGUGAGAAUGACUAAACAUAUGUAUCUCACUCAAAAAGUGAGUUCUCAGUAUCAGGUACUUGGUUCUCUUGUUUACUGGAUCUGAAAAAUAAAUAUAACUUUGCAAGCAAUUAAUGAGCAUAUGUGUUUAUUUUAUGGUAAUAAGAGUAUUAUUCUGCAAAUCACAAAGAAACUGGGUCAUAUCAUGGCUCUCCAAUGUACUCUCCUUCUAUCCUUCAUCUCCUUAGGCCAUUAUCCUGUUUCAUUUAUUUCCUUCAAAACUAACUUCUUGAAAAAGUAGCCUUUGUUCUCUUUGUCUACUUGUCUAUGCCAGGUGCAUCUCCUGUCAUUUCACUACAGCUCCCUCUGCUUAGGAUUCCAGCGACCUCUUUGUAUUUCUUUCCCUGGAGUCUGACGUCAUCUCCACUCUUCUUUCUUGCAACAUUUUCCUUGCUGUUUCUGUUAACAUCACUUUUACUUAGUGCUUCUGCAUUUUUGAGCAACGUUACAUCUGCCUUAGUUUUCUAAAGCUAUAUCCUGUUCAUCACAUCAUUGUAUUCAGGUUCCUUGACCACUCAUUAACACAGGUAGACCUAACAACUGUUUACACCCUGAGGAUUUCCAAUUCUAUCUCCAGCCCCAAUCUCUUCUC